AUGCGAGGGUUAAAGCAUCACAAACGACCCCUUCGGGAUACCUGGCGACCUCCCGAAGUAAACAAGCUUUGGCGUGGUAAGGGCGCACUGCCGCGCCAGACGUAUAGUACGUCCCAACUCGUGGGAAUUUAUAUGAGUACCAAUAAACAAAAUUCUGAACAGACGGGGGUGAGUGAAGACGACCAUCGGCGAGACACGGACAAUGGAACGGAUAUGGAAAAUAAGAAUAGGAAAAAACAGUCGCCUAACGACUUGAAAUGGGAAGAAGGAAUGAACAGUUUUGAGAGGGAGCUCAUAAACUCACAUAAAAAGAAACAGAAGAUGAACAGGUCGACUGCCCCAAAACAGUCGAAACUAGUAGGGGAUGAAAUGCUGGAAAGCAGUGAAAAUGAUGACGAUGAGAUAGGGGAGGAAAGAUCACAAGAGGAAGUGAAAAAAAUAGAAAAAGGAUGGCAAAAUAUUCAGGAGAGGGUGUUAGCCUCUUUCCUGCUUGAUGAUGAAAUCAUGAAUAAGAAGAAAAGGAAAGGGGAUAGUCUAGAGAGAAUAAAUGAUCUGAAGAGGGAGAGACUCGAAGAGAGUAUUAAGUUUCUUAACGAAACCAAACAACAAAAAAUAAACAGGAAACUCGAAGAGUUAAAUAAAAAACUAAUAGAGAUAUUUACUAACCUAAGCGAAAAAAGGGGGGAAAAGGUGGAGAUGGAUACGGAAUUAAAAAAACUGUUAGGGGUCAUAAAAUUCACUAACAACAAAAAAGAAGACGACAGUAUAGCCGAAAAAACACAACAAGAAGUAAAAUGCGAUCACUGCAAGCUAAAAGUGGAACAAGAAAGACAGAGAGAAGAGCAAGAAAAAAUUAAAAGGGCUCUAAACAUGGGGGGAGGAAAAAAAACCUUCAUGUGUAUAUGUAAUAGCAAAUGGGAGGAGAAAGCAUAUAUAAAGACAAAUUGGGAACAAGGGGGGUUACGAGAAACGGUCGAGAAGAAAACAUGUCUGAUAGUAACAAAAAAGGAUGCGAAGGACAAGGGGGUAGAAAAUAAAAUAAAAGACGUGGGAGAGGACCUGGCAGAAACACUAGAGGAAGUGAACGAGGGAGAAAUCAAAUUCCUUGAGAACUUUAGGAGGAAAGAAAAUAAAAAAACAAUUUGGUACACGUUCGUCGCUGGAAUAGAAAAAGAAAGUGGUGGCGAUAUAUACGACCUAGCAGAAAAGGCUAUAACUAAAAUUAAGAAAGAGAUGGAUGAAACACCAAAGGUUGUACGGGUCGUAGCCGGUAACGACCUUAACAAGGAGCUCAUAAGGAAAGCCCUCGAAUAUGUGGGGCGAAGGGAAAGUAUCUCAUGGGAGAUGAACGUAAGAGGGAAGGAACUCGAGGUAGAGAAGAAGUCAGAACAAGAAGAAGCCCUCCUUUAUAAAGAUGGGGGGAAAAAAUAUAACGAAGUUCUUAGCGAAAUGAGAGAAAAAAUCGACAUUGGAAAAAUCGGUCUACAAGUGGAGAAGUUAAAAAGAACGAAUGGGGGAGAUCUCCUUGUAAAGUUAAAGGGAAGAGGGGCUGCGGAGAAGUUGAGGGCUGAACUGGACAGCAAAAUGAACGGAAUGGACACGGCAAUCAGAAGAAAAGAGACUUUCUUCACGAUUACGCGGUUGGACCCAGGGGUUGGUGAGGAAACUCUAAAGAAAAUGAUAAAGAGCUAUACAGGCGUUCCUGAGAGAGAGAUAGAAGUCAAGGUUCUACGAACAAACAGAUAUGGGGAGCAGGUAGCUACGAUAUCCGUACGCCCCUUCAGAGCGGAAGAGCUGAGGAGGUACGGCUCAAUAAAAAUAGGGUGGGUUGUGUUUCCAAUAAUGGAGAGACACAACCCAGUUAGAUGUUUUAAGUGCCUAAAGUUUGGGCACAACACUUACGAUUGCAAGGAAGAGAGCAGGGCGGCGUGCUGCUAUAAUUGUCUCCAAACGGGACAUACCGUUGCAAGCUGCGGUAAUAAACCGUACUGCUCGGUAUGCAAAGAAGAAGGGCAUAGGAUGGACAGGAUGGCCUGUCCGUCGUACCGAGCCCUUGUAUACGGUAGGGGAGGAGAGGGGAACCCCUAA